AUGAACGGUACUAAAGAUGAACCAUUUUUAGCACUUCCGUGGCAUUGGAUAAUGGAAUCCCUAGCAGGUUUCAAAGAAAUUCCCUUAUCCACUCUACAAGGUUUGGUUGAUGCUGCACCGGUAAGGCAGGAUGAUUUUUGUGAAAAUACAAAAGAAUUGGUUGCUUUGAGGUGUUUGGAGGAACUUUAUGCUUCGUUUUCUUCUUCAAUAUUGGAUUCUUCAGUUGAAGUUGAUUCUUCGGGAUCUUGUGAAGAUGUUCUUCGAGAAAUAUUGCAUGAGGUGCCUUUAUCAAAUCUUAAAAUUGCUGGAGCAAAGCUAUUGAAAUGGGAUGUUAACCCAUUUAUCACAUACAAAAGAGCUGGCAAUGUGAAAUGCCACUUAGAGAAGCUGAAAGAAUCAAUAUUGGAAGGAACACUACCACUUUCUGAUCACUUAAAAGAAAGGAGUGGAUUAUUCCAAAUGAAUCGGCCUCAUACAGUACAUGUGAAUGAUGGUAAAUGCAAUGAUCAUUCAGUGAAGGGUGAUGGGAACUCCACUUAUGCAGAAGACAUGGGAGCAAAAGAAAACUCAGUGUCCUUAAUAUUAGGGGAUGGCAACAAAUCUUCGAAAGAAGAUUUACCCAAUAAUAAAUGUUUAUCCUCCAAGAGGAAUAGGGUUUACUCAGCUGAUGAGCAUUUAGUGAGUUGCUUUAAUGAAAAGCAGGCUUGUAUAAGUGAAUGUGAUGGAUUCUUAAGUACAAAAAGGAUUAAACGUAGUGCAUUGACAAAUUUUGGUUCCAAAAAAGAAAAGCAAGUUUCUCGACUUGAAAAGGAAGUGCCAGAAAACUCGACUGAAAAAGUUCUAAUUUCUGAGAAUGUCGUUCACACCAAAAAGAAAAACAGUGAAGCUCAGAGUGAUGGAUCCUUAGAGGCUAGUCAUAUUAAGUGCUCUGCUUCAAAUUUGUGUCAGCCAAGUGGGCAAAAUGAAGCCUUUAAUGCUGAAUUAGACAUUUCCUUUAAGGCAAUUUUAACGCCUCAGCAGAAAACUUCUGGAGGUAAACCCUGGUCUGAACAUGAAUCAGAUUUGCAACUUAAAGAUUUAAAUUGUUCCCAGCAGACAGCUAGUGGUGUUAAAGCUCAAGAUGGUACUGGUAAUGGCUGUGGGGUAGAGAUACCAGGUGAGACAGUUGCGUACCAAGGUGAAAAGAUUAAUCUCGUAAUGAAAAAGCACAAAAAGAGAAGUCUUGAUAUAAAGUGUAGCAAAGGUGGUCAAUUACUGGUUUGUGAAGCGGUUACUGUCCCACUAAAUGAUGAUGUACAUGUUGAGCCCAUUCCAACACAUGAUGGUAAUGCAAAUAAGCUUUCGCAUAUGACUAAUCCAUCUCAAACCCAGCAGAAGGAGCCAAAUGUUGCAUCUUUAAAUGCCUCUCGGAAGCCAGUUGCUAGUGACAAAGCUGUAGUUGAUACUGUCAAUGAUUGUGGAGCAGAGUUAUCAAAUGACAGUGAUGAGUUUCACAACGAAAAGAUUGAUCUUAUAGCCAAAAAAGAUGAAUUCCUGAACUCCCAGCACACUUUUGGUCAAGAUUUGCCAGUAAUGACUGAAUCGACCAGCCAAAAUCUUUGUAUGAAGUGCAAUGAAGCUGGGCAAUUACUGGUUUGUAAAACUACCACUUGCUCAUUGAUGGUGCAUAAAAACUGCCUGGGUGCAUCUCCUCAGUUGGAUGCAAAGGGAAACUUUUUCUGCCCAUUUUGUGCUUAUUCUCACACUAUUUCAGAAUAUCUUGAAGCCAAGAAAAUAGCUUCAUUGGCAAGGAAAGAAUUAGCUAUCUUCAUUAGUAGUAAGGGUAUAAGAAAAGAAGCUGUAGAACAUGUUCAUGAAUCAGGUAGGCAAGAAUGUAUUUUUUCAAGAAAGAGUUAUGAGUGCGAGCAUACACCGUUAACAGUGAAUGAAGAAAAUAGAGAAGAUCAUGCUGGUGAGCAUGCAAAUAAAGUUGGUAAUUUUCCUUUUGAAAGAAGUCAGAAACAAGUUCCUAUUUCAGCGGUUCACUCAUCAUCCUUCAGAGAAAAGGAAAAUGUAAAUAUUGGGUUAGCAGGUGAUGUAAGAGAAGAGGAUGACUGUGAAAUGCUGAAUGCAAAGAGCUUAACUGGUGAAAUUGUUGAAGACAGAGAAAUGGAAACUGAUCAUGUAGGUGGAUGUGGCAAUGAAAAGUUUUCUUGUAAGAAGCUAAAGAUUGUGUGUGCUAAUGAAAGUAAUGUUGAAGAAGUUCUGCAGAAUAUGACAGAGUAUAGUAUGGAUGGAACAGUAGAGCCAGUUUGGACUCACAAAACUGUAAAAGAUGAAAUUUCUAAAGAUGAAUGGGAGAAGCAUAGUAUUUCUAGAUACUCCAUGAGAUUCCGUAUGCAUGAAGUUCAGAACAAAAUUCAAGAAAGCCCUCGGAUAAGGCGGAAAAAAAUCCCAUGGACAACUGAAGAGGAAGAGCUGAUACAGGAGGGGGUCCAGAAAUUUGGUUUCAGCGACUCAAAACUGCCAUGGAAGAAAAUUUUGGCAUUCGGUUCUCACUUGUUUGAGAAGAAUGACAGGCUUCGUACUCCACAAGACCUAAAGGAUAAAUGGAAAAACAUGUGCAAAGCACACGCAAAAUUGAAAUAA